AUGGCAGGUCGCGCGGCGCGGGGCUUGUAUUCGAAGCGGCAGCGCCCUGGCGCAGCGCAGCCUCGUGGAGGUGGGGGGCCUCACGCGUUGCGCACGUAUCAGAAGUCGCCUCGUGCCGUGUUGCUGAAUGGCGCCGCUUUCCGGCGGCUUUAUCACGGGCGCGGGUCUGUACCUGUCUCACCUGCUGGCGCGUCCAAGACGCCCGUGCGCUACCGUGCGCCACCCGGGGCGAGUAGUCUACGGCCCGCUGGCCUGCCUAGCCCCUCCACCUACCGAGGUCCGCGCAUUCAUCUUUACGGCAUUUACCAAGCAAAAAGCCAUCAAGAGGGCUCGUCGGUU